AUGGCCCUCUGGUUCCGAGUGCUCUCUCUGCUCGCUUUGCUUGUCUUGUCCUCUCCGCACGUGAGCAAGGCUGCCGCGAACCAGCAUCUCUGUGGAUCUCACCUGGUGGAGGCGCUCUACCUGGUCUGUGGAGAAAGGGGUUUCUUCUACACUCCCAACAAAGUGAAGAGAGACAUGGCCUCUCCUUUUAGUUUCCUGUCUGGAAAGACUGCUUCGGAGAACGAUGUGGACGAGUUUCCAUUGAAGCAACAAGGAGAGGUGAAAGUGAAGAGAGGCAUUGUGGAACAGUGCUGUCACAGCCCCUGCUCCCUGUAUGAUCUGGAAAAUUACUGCAAUUAAGCACAAUUUCAAGGUGUUUUUUUUUUUUUUUUUUUUUUUUUUUUUGCUAUGCUAACUUAAUAAA